CCACCAUCCAUCCAUCCACCAUGUCCUCCUCCAGAGCCUCCGCCAUGCGCUCGCUGAAGUACCUCUCAGCUCACAGCAAGCAAACCGUUCGCCGUCUUCAUAUGACCGGCCCGGCCACUUUCCCUAGUGCCGCCCUCACUUCUGAGCGCUCUGUCGCUGGCCUUCCCAAGGACAUUGCUGGCCUGCGUGCUGAGUGCAUCAAGAGGAAGCUUCCCACCGCCGGCAACAAGGCCGAGCUCACUAGCCGCCUGACGGCCGAAUUCCAGACCCGGGGCUUCGCCAUUGACACUGCCAACAAGCGCCCUAGCGCCGAAGACGCCUCGUCCGCCCCGGCUGCCACCACUACCCGUCACUUCAACACCAGCAGGACCCUCAAGGCGGUCAAUGACAGCUCCACCAUGGACUUUGCCUACCUGCCCGAGUCCAGCCCUGCCGAAGCUGAACCCUUCCGCCUGCGCGUUCCUCUCCUGCCUGACGUCAGCUUCAAGUCUCGCAGCAGUCAGCAACUCGAACAGGAAGUCGAUGCUCCCGCGCCAAUGCGCCCUGAGAUCAACACUGUCGCGGCACAAGUCUACUCUCCCUCAGCCUUGACUGAUGUCACGGACAACCCGUCCAUUGACUUCCAAGGGCUUGCAAACGCAGUGUCUGCUGCUGCUGCGAGAUUCCGCCCCAACGACAAUGGUUCGGAGCAGGGCAUGAUGAAGCAGAUCUGGAAUGAUCUGUUGGACGACGUGCUCGGUCCUAAAGACACCAAUGGGGCGAUGCCUGCUCAUUAGGGCGGGGUAGCAGAUGGGACGGCCCGGUCCCCUUGUGGAUGUGCCAUUGGAUGGCUACUGUCCAGGAUGUGGUUGGUUGUUGCGUCAGAUGUUGCUCUUGUUUGAGAAAUCCUCGCUUGAGUUUGCUAUGUCGCUGUAAUUUGUUUAAGUUUAUGUAGAUUGCCGC